UGUUGGUUACUCAUGACAAAAAUAAAGAAAUGCCCCAGAAGAUGAUAAUGGAUGCACCAGUCUCAUUUGCCUACUACCCAACAGCUUUGAUAAGCUGUGUGAUAUCUUCAUUACUGUUCCAGUAUUGUGGGAAAAUACUUGCCAAGUAUAUGAACCAGUUUUCCAAAUCACCGCUCCAUGUUCAGAUUGAACUCCAAACAUUAUUUGUAUCUGGAGUCCAUGCCAUAAUUGUGUCAUUUAGUGGCCUUUAUGUCCUGCUUACAGAUGAGAGGACAAUGAAAGAUUCAGUGUGGGGUGACUGCCCACAGGUUCGUCAUACUUGUGCCAUAGUAGUUGGAUACUUGGUCUCAGAUUUUAUCAUAAUGAUCAUUUAUUACAAAGAAGUUGGAGGGUAUUUCUACUUUAUUCAUCACCUUGCGUCCAUAUAUGCUUAUGUAUAUGUCAUAACCUUCGGAGUAUUGGAGUUCUUUGCCAAUUUUCGUCUUCUUGCCGAAUUUUCAACACCAUUUGUAAAUAUGAGGAGAUUUUUGGAAGUAGAAGGCUACCCCAAGUCAUCCAAACAGGUUUUGGUGAAUGGCUUUUCCAUGGUGAUCUUCUUCUUUGUAACACGAGUAGCUGUCAUUCCGCCCUAUUACUGGAUGGUGUAUAGUAUAUAUGGCACCCCAGCAUACGAGAGCAUAGGCCAUGUCCAGUACGUUCUGGUUGGCUCUUGUGCUGUUCUGGACAUCUUAAAUGUGAUUUGGUUCUUCAAGAUGUGUAGAGGUGCUCACAAAGUUUUGAAAUCACAGAAAUUAAGACAGAACAAUAUUGAAGAUAGGAAAGCUGCGUAGCUGACAAUAUAAAGUAUUUGCUUGAAGGAAAAAUGGUAUUGAUUGUUAUCUCACUGUGAUUUAUAUGUACAUGUAUCAUGCCUAAAGAAUUGGGUACAUUGGAGUAUUAGGCACUUACAAUUUUUUUGUGCAAUUGAAGCUUUUGUUCCACAAUAGUAAUGAAAUCAGGAAUAUACUGAUGCCUCAUCUUAUAAUAUAAAGCUAUGGACUUUGUUGUUUGCAAAAAACAAUGCAACACAAUUUUAAUAUCUUAUUGCUGACUAGUAAAUGGAAAAAAAGAAGGUUGAUGACUCUUGUAUGUUUUAUCCCAGAGAACUCUGUACAGUGCAAAGCAUUUUAAAAGCUUGAGACAUUAUACUUCACAAGAUGACCUCUGUUCAGUCUGCAAUUGGUUAUAGAACUAGGAAACAGUUCUUGAGGCUUGUCUAUGCAAAUGGGUAAACUAACAGGAGUUGUGGAAAAAUGUAAUCAUUUUAUUUCUCUUUUAUUAUAACUUCAAAAAGCAUUGUUAAUGUAAGUGAAACUGCCACCUUCCAACUGGAAAGUUAACCUUCCUGCACAUUUUUGACAAUCAGUAUGUGGUUUAUUUCACAAAUCGAGAAGUAUUUUCAAUAGGAAAUAAUUAGAAUAAUUAAAAUGUGUGUAUUAAUUAUAGUUAUGUUGACAACCUUGUUUAUUUAAAAGAAAGUAAUUUUAUUUUCCUCUAGCCAAUCAAAACUUUUACAAGUAGUGUAUAAUUAGUAAUAAUUUAUGGGAUUUAACUUUUACAAGUAGUGUAUAAUUAGUAAUAAUUUAUGGGAUUUGGGUUUAUUUCUUAUAGCUGUUCAAAACUUUUUGCAAGUAUUUACUUUAAAAUUUACCUAUGGAAUGUUUAAUGAUACUGUAUAAAACAAGUAUUAGGUAUAUAUACCAGUAUAUAAAAGAGUAGUGCUGAUAACUGUAAAAAAAUGUGACCAAUGACUCAUAUAAUGCAGAUGAAAUCUUUCAAUUAAAAUUAAAAGAUAUAUCAUUUCACAAAUCUUGUAACUUAGUAGACUGCCAUUUUUGAGAAUGGUAAAAUUCAUAUGUUAGUCAACUUACAUGUUUGUCACUGGUGUCAUUGUGUGAGUUGUCACUAAUUUGGCGUAUUACAGUAUACAUGUACAUGUACCUCAGUAUGAAUAAUAAUGAUUAAAUGGGACAUCCAGUCAUAGGUUUAGGAAUCUCUUUCUAUUGCAAAACCAAGUUGUUUACAAAUUGUUUUUUAAAUAACCAAGCAAAGUAUAUACAUCAUAUCAAAACCCUCUAUUUAUUUUAAAAGAUGUGCACAUAGAUCUACCAAUUUUGUACUGUUACAUUCACAAUUGAGAAAGAUAAAAAUAAAAUUGAUGAAAAAUCACCUUGACAUUUGUGAUCUGUGUUUA